AUGGAUCUAAAUUUAAAAAGUGUCCAUGCUGCCGAUCUUAGAUCCAGAGCAAUCGAUAUCGAUGAUGAAGAUGAAGAGAAUGCAGAAGAAUUUAAUGUAGAAAUUAGAAAAAAGUUUGAGGUAACCUUGAACGUUGAUGCCAGACAAAAAUGUGACGUACUUUUGAUCAGUGCUGGUUCUGUCUUUUCAAAUUAUUUGGAAUGUUGUGUAUAUAAUUUACCUACCUGUAAAUUAGUUGGUAAUGUGGUUGAAGUUGGUGAAUCAUCAACAAAAAUUAAUAAAAUUUGUCAUUUAAGCGAUACAUCGAAUGCUAAAAUUUAUGCUAUCAAUGCUGAGAAAGUUAAUGAUGAAGAUUCUUAUCACUGGACUGAAAAAGUCAUUGAAGCAGUGUGUGAUGCAAGCUCCAAAAUUUUUGUCCUACUGAAUGAUAAUUUGAGAUCUUACAAAUGCUGGCAGUCAGCUGGCGAUUCAUCUGAACUUUUUGUGAAGUAUUUGAGUUCAUCAUUUAUUAAGAAUGAUGAUACAGUAAGGUCAUUCUCAUGUCUUGAACAGCCCAACAUUAUUAGUGGCCUAUCUGCUCAAAUUCUUACUUAUGCCGAGUUGAAUGGUUUGCAUUGUGUGGUGUUUGUCAUGUUCCACAGUAUUGACUUUCCAUCGUCAUUCCUCACAAAAUUCUUCAAAAAAUCAAAUAUCAUAAAUGUCUGUCAGGUUGACAGUGAGAAGUUGAAACAAUUCGAAAUGAAACUUCAUUCACAGUCCGCCGCCAGUGGUCUUUACAUGUGA